GUUCAGUCAAGUCCGCGAAGCCUGGUUGGCACCCUAGGCAGCGCCUGUAGGUGUACGGUCCACCAUAAAACAUUUGUAUGUGUCCAAUAAUGCUGUGCUUUGAGAAUGCAAUUUUGUGCGGAAAAGUGCGUGUAUAGUUCAAACGGUGCUUUGCUCAAUAGUGAUCGCCUCAUAAAUGUGUCAAACCAUGAUGGUCGGCAUAAAGGAGAGCUUCUCGGGCACCGAGGACCUAAAGCGCAACCAGCAGCACCAACAGUCUCACCACCCGCACCACGACUUAAAGUCCCUAAGUGACCAAACAGGCAACCGACUGGGCCUGUGCGGGGAUAGUGGACUCAGUGCGGCCAGUUUGGGCUUAGGAGGCUCAAAUUCCAGUAUUGAUGGGGAUAAGCCCAGCAAACAGAAACGACAUCGAACGCGGUUCACGCCAGCUCAGCUCAAUGAGCUGGAAAGGUGCUUCUCCAAGACGCACUAUCCGGAUAUCUUCAUGCGGGAGGAGAUCGCCAUGAGGAUCGGCUUGACGGAGUCCAGAGUGCAGGUGAGUCGUUGCUACACUUCAUGUUCAGUCAGUGCAUGUGGAUGA